AUGUACGCGGUUCUGGAUAAGGGCGGCCUGGGCAUCUUCGAAAGCCCCACGGGCACGGGCAAGUCGUUAAGCAUCAUCUGCAGCGCCCUGCAGUGGCUGAGAGACAACGAAAACAACCUUGACCUUGACGACGCAGCGGCCUUGGACGACAAGCCAACUGCGCUCCAACCAACGGACACCGCCGACAAAACAAACAAAAAAGAAGAGGCGGCAGCAUCUGCGACAACCGCGUCAGCUACACCUGAACUGGAUUGGAUCACUGCAGCCUACCAGAAGAUGCAGGAGAAGAAGAGGGCGCUCGAACUGGAAGAGCAGAAGGAGAAGCGACUAAAGCAGCAGAAGCGGCUGGAGAAGCUACAGGAAGCGGAGCCAGACCACCCAAAUAAAAAGAGGAAAGUGGCUUGGCUCUCGGGCGGCAAAGGCGCAGGCGGAAAAGCUCACCAGCAGCAGAAGCCCGACCUGUCGUUCAUCGACGAAAUGAUACGCCGCAGCGAGGAAAAGGAAAAGCGCAAGCAGGAGGGCGAGGGCGACGGUGAUGGCACGCACAGCGACGACGAGUUCUGUCUGGCCGAGUACGAGAGCGAAGACGAAGACGAGCGCCCACCGCCGGACGUGACGGCGACGUCGAGGGGAGGCAAGGACAAGAAGGGUCACAAGUCCAAGCGAGAGAUGCUCAAGGGCCUGUACCUCGAUUCGCAAGAGGACGACGAAGCCGACGGCGAAGGCGAAGAGGAGCUGCACGUCAAGCGAACCGAGUUUGCAGACCGCAUGCGAGUGGUGACCCUGGGCUCGCGCAAGAACCUGUGCGUGAACGCCAAAGUGAAGCGGUCCCCGCAGAAACUGUCGAGCGUGGGCGCGAUCAACGACCGAUGCCUCGACAUGCAGAAGCAGAAGACCCUCGUGACCGGUGAAGACAUCCCCGGCCUCUCAUAUGCAGCACGCACGCGCACCGCACACGCAAUACUCAGCAACAUCCCCUUCAUCACCACAGAGGAAGAAAACAUGUUUGGGAAGGCCAAGAAGUCCGUCGUGCUCUCCAAGUGCGAGUGGUACGAACAGAGCUCGCAGAAGCUCUAUCGCGACCACGUGUUGCUCAAGGUGAGGGACAUCGAGGAGCUGGUGCAGUUGGGCGAGAAGCAGAGGGCGUGCCCCUACUACGGCACCCGCGCCGCCGUGCCUUCGGUCGAGGUGGUGGCUCUGCCCUAUAACAUGCUCCUGCACAGGGCCACCCGCGAAUCGCUGGGCGUCGAUCUCAAGGGCAACAUCGUGGUCGUGGACGAGGCGCACAACCUCGUGGACGCCAUCAACGAAAUGUACUCCACACAGCUCACCCUACGCCAGGCAGAGUCACAGCUGGAUCAGUACAGAGCGCGGUACCAAAACCGACUCAAGGCCAAGAAUCUGAGUUAUAUCCGCCAGAUCCUGGUGAUCGUUCGCGCCUUCAUCAAGCUCCUCCAGAACCCGCACGCGUGGCCGGCGUCUGCGUCGGCCGGCGCCGCCGGCGCUGCAGUCGCGGCCACCUCGUCCUCGCUCGCCCUGCCCACCUUCACGCACCACGCCACCCAGGAGUCGGAGGAGAAGACGCAGAUCAGCACCAGCAACGACUUCCUCUUCGCCACCAAGAUCGACAACAUGAACCUCUUCAAGAUCGAAAAGUACAUCCAACGCUCCGAGAUCGUCAAGAAGCUGAACGGAUUUGUCGAGAAAUACGAGUCGUCUGAGGUGCAAGUACACAUCUCUGACGAUGGCGAGGAGAUCGAGGUGGAGGGUCGCUCGCGGCCCGCCAUGGGCGCCGUGGAGGCUUUCCUCCUCUCGCUCACCAACGCCGACGCCGACGGACGCCUCCUGCUCUCCCACAACCCUCGCAAGGUGGGCGAGUCGAGCCUCAAGUUCAUCCUCCUCAACCCGGCCAAACACUUUCGGGAGGUGGUGGCCGAGGCCAGGGCGGUCGUGCUGGCCGGCGGCACCAUGCACCCGAUCCCGGAUCUGGUGUUCCAAUUGUUCGGACCUGAAGCUGAGGUGCCGGAGCCCAUCAAGCCCAAGCUCGUCGGCCUGCGGUCCUUCUCCUGCGGUCACGUCAUCACGAGCGAGAGCCUGCUGACCCUGUGCGUGGGCAGCGGACCGUCCGACGUGCCGUUCGACUUUGCCUGGCAGAACCGGUCCUCCGCCGCCAUGAUCGAGGAGCUGGGCCGGUUGGUGCUCAACAUGUGCAACCUCGUGCCCGACGGCGUGGUCAUGUUCUUCCCGUCCUACCACUACGAACAGCAGGUGAUAUCGACCUGGGAGACGUCGGGCAUGCUGGCCAAGAUCAACGCCAGGAAGAAGGUGCUGCGGGAGCCCAGGGCGGCGUCGAUGAUCGGCCAGGUCCUCGAAGAGUACAAGGACGCCAUCGACGCCAACUUCACUCCCACCGGCGCCGCAGCGAGCACGUCGCGCCAGCGGGGUGCGAUACUGAGCGCGGUGGUGGGCGGCAAGAUGUCCGAGGGCAUCAACUUCUCCGACGGCCUGGGCCGCUGCGUCGUCAUGGUCGGCCUGCCCUACCCGAACCCGCGCGACCCCGUCCUCGUCGAGAAGAUGAAGUACAUCAGCGCCAAGGCAGCUGCCGCCGCCGCUUCAACAUCGUCAUCUUCAUCAUCAUCAUCGUCGUGGUCGUCAUCGUCGUCACCGGCGAGGCGUGCAAUGUCGGCGCCGGUGAUGUCUGCGCGGCAGUACUACGAGAACGCGUGCAUGCGGGCGGUCAACCAGUCGAUCGGGCGGUCGAUCAGGCACGCGGGUGACUACGCGACCAUCCUGCUGGUGGACCACCGCUACAUGCGCCCGGAGAUCACCAGCAAGCUGCCCCGCUGGAUCGCCGCCACCAUGCCCCCGAACGGCGCCGAUCCGAGCAAGCCGUUCACAUUCGGCCAGGCGUUUGGACACACGCGCGCCUUCUUCCAGAACAAGCGGGAGCGCCAGGCCGCCAUUGAGAACCAACGUCGCUCCGCGCGAGAAGGCAACAACCACUGCCCCAACAAGUAA